AUAUUCGGUGGGCAAAUGCCCCAACUGGGCAUUUGAAAAUCCAUCGCUGGAUGAUCUUGCGCGGCGGCAUGGGCGACGCGAUGGAUCAAUCGAUGGAUCGAUCGCCUCCUCCUCUUGGCGAGAUCCACUUCUCUUUCUUGCAGGUACUGCUGGAAUUAGGGUUCUCCAAUUCACUCGGAGGAUGGGCAUAUUGGUCCUUCCGGCGUGUCACAGCUUCUACGCCAGGGUUCCCGAUGCGCUGCUGGACGAAUGCAAUCCUUCGCCCAGCUGCUCGGGCAGGGCGCCAAUCUCCCGUGGCGCUGGAUUGAGGAACGCAUUCAGCCGGAGAGGGAGGAGGACGAGAAGACUAGGUUUUGUGCUGCAUUGCAGCGGCUUUUCACCAGAUUCGCCGAGCAAUGGCGAUGGCGAUGGCGAUGGCGAGGAGGAGGAACAAGAAUCCAAGGCGGAUGAGAACGCUCCCGGGUUCUGGGAGAGCGAGGAGAACAAGAAGAAGCUGGAUGAAAUCCAGCAAAUGCAAGAGCUCGUGGCGGAGGCCGAGAGGCUGGAAAAGGAAUUGGAGGGCGACACGAAAGAGAGAGCUGCAAAGUUCCAAGAGGAGCUCGCUCGUAGAGCUAAAGAACAGGCCCAGCAGCGAAAGCAAGCUGCGGUGAUGUUUGAUCUUGGACAACGAGCUUAUGGCAAAGGAAGCUAUGGCAAAGCAGUGGAAUUUCUGGAAGCUGCAUUGACAAACGUUCCCAAGGCAUCCAACCUUGGAGGCGAGAUCCAAAUCUGGCUGGCAAUGGCAUACGAGGCUCACAAUCGUCAUGACGACUGCAUUAGCCUCUACAAGCGGCUCGAGAGCUCUCAUCCCAACAAGGCGAUCCGGAGACAAGCUGCUGAUCUCCGCUACAUUCUCGAAGCACCCAAGCUCAAAAUCUCCAGCAAUGAGCGAGUGACAAUCCCCCUGAUUGAUGCGUACUCUCAAAGCUCGCAAAAAACUUGGAGCCAGAUGGCCCGAGAGCGUAAGCAGCGCCUGGCGAGCAGCAGCGGCAAAAAGUCCCAAAAAAAAUCGGAGGAUUGGAUCGAGUGGAAUCCUCCGAAAUGGGAGAAGAGCCCAUACUUCUGGGUGGCUGUCACAGUGUGGUUGACACUGGCGGGGAUUUCACUCAUGUUCCAAGAUUAAGUUUUCUCGUUGUAGCUUAAGUCCUGUCAAAAAAAUUAUCUUUCAAGCUUAAGAAGAGGAAUGAUCGAAGAAAAA